CAUAAUCCUCCCACACAGACAGAGAGUCAAAACCCCACAAAUCUAAAGAUGAAUUGCUUGAGAGCUAUAGCUAUUUCACUCUUUUUCUUUCUUGUAGGAAUGGUUGGACCGAUCCAAGCUCAAUUGCAGAUGAAUUUCUAUGCCAAUUCUUGUCCUAAUGCUGAAAAGAUUGUUCAAGAUUUUGUUUCAAACCACAUUUCUAAUGCUCCUUCUCUUGCUGCUGCUCUCAUUAGAAUGCAUUUCCAUGACUGUUUUGUCCGAGGUUGUGAUGGAUCAGUGCUUAUAAACUCAACGUCAGGAAACGCAGAGAGAGAUGCAACUCCUAACCUAACGGUUCGAGGGUUUGGCUUCAUCGAUGCAAUUAAAACUGUGCUUGAAGCUCAAUGCCCUGGAAUUGUCUCUUGCGCUGAUAUUAUUGCUCUAGCAUCUCGUGACGCUGUCGUUUUUACCGGAGGACCGAAUUGGAGUGUACCAACCGGAAGAAGAGACGGGAGGAUAUCAAACGCAUCGGAGGCAUUAGCCAACAUUCCUCCUCCGACCAGUAAUAUCACUAAUCUUCAGACACUCUUUGCAAACCAAGGACUUGAUCUUAAGGACCUUGUUUUACUCUCCGGGGCUCACACUAUCGGUGUAUCUCACUGCUCGUCUUUCACAAACCGUCUCUACAAUUUCACGGGUCGUGGAGACCAAGAUCCAGCCUUAGACGGCGCAUACGCAGCCAAUCUCAAGUCUAGGAAAUGUCCUAGCCUCAACGACAACAAGACCAUCGUUGAGAUGGAUCCAGGGAGCCGCAAAACAUUUGAUCUUAGUUAUUACCAGCUCGUUCUCAAGCGUAGAGGUCUGUUUCAGUCAGACUCUGCUCUCACCACUAACCCCACAACACUCUCAAACAUAAACCGGAUCUUGACGGGUUCGGUGGAGAGUUUCUUCUCUGAGUUUGCCAAGUCGAUGGAGAAAAUGGGUCGGAUCAAUGUCAAGACUGGUUCAGCUGGAGUGGUUAGGAGGCAAUGUUCCGUUGCAAAUAGUUAAGGGGUUAAUAUGUAAAAGAUUUGGGAGUUUGUGGGGUAGUUGUGAGAAUAAUAAAAGAUGAUGAUUGUGAUGUGGCCUUUUGGGAUUUGUGUGUAUGGAUUUUGUGAUUGAUUUCGUCAAUAAAGAAAUAAAAAAUAUUAGUGUGU